AUGGCAAAAACACCGAGCAAGAGUGCGAAGGGAGCGAAAGCGAAGGGAGAUUUUUCCCAUCGUAAGCGCAGAAGAUUGGAGACGUAUUCAUCGUACAUCUACCGUGUGCUGAAGCAGGUGCACCCUGAUGUGGGUAUUAGCAAGCGUGCUAUGGCGAUUAUGAACUCUUUCGUGAACGAUAUCUUCGAGCGUCUUUCGGAUGAGGCGAUCAAUCUGGCUCGUUACAACAAUAAAGCUACACUGACUGGAGCUGAGAUCCAGACUGCUGUUCGUUUGUUACUUCCUGGAGAACUGGCGAAGCACGCUAUGUCUGAGGGAAGCAAGUCUAUUUCCAAGUAUUCUACCAUUGGAGGUGUCGAGUAAUUCUAAUUACUAUGUUGA